UCUCACAUAAAAAAAUAUACAUCUCUCUCGUCAACAGCUAUAUCAGAUUUCGUAAGAAUGUCAAAAAAACUUUCGUACAAUCCUUCCUUUAGGGUUCCUUUACUUCUCAAUGAUGAGGAGAAAGCCAUUGCCUCUUCUGCCAAAAAUACUGUAUCCUUCUUUCGUACAUGCCUUAAUGGACUCAAUACAAUAGCAGGUGUUGGCAUACUCUCGGUUCCUUAUGCUCUUGCAACAGGAGGCUGGUUAAGCUUGGUUCUUCUGUUUUCUAUUGCCGCUGCUGCAUUUUACACGGGCCUUCUGAUUAAAAGAUGCAUGGAUAAGGACUCAAACAUCAGAACCUACCCUGAUAUAGGUGAACUCGCAUUUGGAAAGACAGGAAGACUGAUAGUGUCAAUAUCCAUGUACACUGAACUAUAUCUGGUUUCAAUAGGAUUCUUGAUUCUAGAAGGUGAUAACUUGAGUAACAUAUUCCCCAUUGGAGAGGUUCACUUAGCAGGCUUAGCAAUUGGUGGGAAGCAAUUAUUUGUGAUUAUGGUUGCCCUUUUCAUUUUGCCCACGGUUUGGUUGGACAACUUGAGUCUACUCUCUUAUGUAUCUGCAAGUGGAGUCUUUGCUUCUGUUCUCAUCAUCCUUUCAAUAACAUGGACUGCAACAUUUGAUGGAGUUGGUUUUCAUCAUAAAGGAACUCUUGUCCGUUGGAAUGGUCUCCCCACAGCUGUUAGCUUGUAUGCCUUCUGUUAUUGCGCUCAUCCUGUCUUUCCCACACUGUACAAUUCGAUGACAAACAAACAUCAGUUCUCUAAC